UAACACACCUGCAGAAUAUCUAUUUUAGCACAAUGCCUCCACAUGUGAAGAUAAUCUCCUGAUUGCUUAUACCCUCACCAACAAAGAUGACUGUUAACCUGUUCAGUUGUUGAAGCCAAAGCCUCUUCAAUCAACUGUUGAGAGAGUGUAUUGAUACUAUUCUGUUUUCAAGGUAAUGGGAGCAUUGUGAAGUUAUAUUGCUGCUUUUGUGUGACCAAUCAAAUGUGAGUAAAUCAGAUAGUUCAUGAAGAGUAGGAUGAUUGAAUCUAGUCUGUAGUUUUGGAGUUCAGUGAUUUCUCUCUAUCCAGUGUUGCUUCUACUCCCUUCCAUGACAGUAUUACCCAUUUCAUCACGGCCCUCCCUUUAUGAGAUGUCAAAGUCAGACCUAACAGACUGUCACAGAAAAAUGCUUAUUACCUCAGGCAUUCGUGUCUGUACUUCAGAAUUCAAAGUUCCUCACACACGAAUAGAGGAUGGAGCAGCAAUUCAGGAAAUUUAUUCUUUUGGAAGGAAAUUAGGACAAGGCAGCUUUGGUGUGGUGAUUGAAGCAACACACAAAGAGACAGGCAUAAAGUGGGCAAUCAAGAAAGUGAACCGGGAAAAGGCUGGGAGUUCUGCUGUAAAACUACUUGAACGGGAAGUGAGCAUCCUAAAAAGAGUAAACCAUGAGCAUAUAAUACAUCUUGAAGAAGUAUUUGAGACACCAAAACGCAUGUACCUUGUAAUGGAGUUAUGCGAGGAUGGAGAACUUAAAGAAAUUCUUCUCAGAAAAAGACAAUUUACAGAGAAUGAGACUCGGCACAUAAUUCAGAGUCUUGCAUCAGCAAUAGCGUAUCUUCACAGGAAAGAUAUUGUUCAUAGAGAUUUGAAAUUGGAAAACAUUUUAGUUAAAAGCAGUGACAUUGAUGAACAAAAUGAAAUGAAAUUAAAUAUAAAGGUGACUGAUUUUGGUUUAGCUGUACAAAAGAUGGGAGGAAGUGAAAGCAUGUUCCAGUCCACCUGUGGGACUCCUAUCUACAUGGCCCCAGAAGUGAUAAGUGCACAUGACUAUAGCCAACAGUGUGAUGUUUGGAGCAUAGGUGUCAUUAUGUAUAUGCUAUUAUGUGGUGAGCCACCUUUUAUGGCAGGCUCCGAAGAAAAACUUUUUGAAGUUAUAAAGAAAGGAGAACUUCAUUUUAAACGUUCAAACUGGGAAUUAGUCAGUGAGGCUGCCAAAAAUGUGUUGCUGCUGCUUCUGAAAGUAGACCCUGCCCACAGAAUCACUGCUAAUGAACUGCUUGACUACCAGUGGAUCACGGGUGAAACAGACACUGUUCAGAGGCCAUUUAAUGUCCUUGAACUGAUGAAGGAGUGGAAUAACAGCAGCAGCAGCAGCACAGAGACUGGAGAAGCAGGCAUUCUUGAAGAUGAACUGAAUGGAGCACCAACCACUACACAACAGGAAGAAAUUUGUGAAGGACAAGACAGCCCUGUUAGCAACAGUGGCAACUCGGAUCGCAGUAUAGAAACAGAAACAGAGAGUGGGAGCAGCAAACCCUCCACACCAACAAAACAAGCUAACAAGAAAAAAAGUCACAGCAAUGCAUUACCAAAUGGGACAUUUAGAAAGAAGAGUUCAUCUAUCAAGUCAACUUGCAGUAUAAGUAUUCAGAGUGGUGGAAUUGGGUCGGUGUCUCCAGGGUCAGUUGCAAAACGGAGCCUGGAUAAUCAAGAGAAGAAAAUUGAAAUAGAAAAGUCUUCUUUUUCUUCGAACCAAGGCUUGUCAAGCAAAAGUACACACAAAUCAGCUGCCCUUAGUGGCCUACAGAAAACCAAAAAGAAACUGUAGGGAGGGGGGAUCUGUUCUACUCAGAAUGCAGCUCUUGCAAAGUAGCUAUUGCCGGUGCCAAAAUGUGGCAGCUGUAUAAAAAGGACCAAUGUAUCUUACAC